AUGGUCAUCGAGUUUGAAUCAACUCAUGUAGUGAUCACUGCCGUCCUCUUACUACUUGUCGUUGUGGACAUCGCCGGCAAUACACUUGUUUGUUUGAUUAUAAAAAGGCAUCUUCAAACGAGAAUCACCAUAAAUUACCUUCUUGUGAACCUGGCUGUCUCCGAUAUUCUGUUCGCAACCUUUAUUACACCAAAGGUUAUCGUCAGCCUCAAUCUAAGGCAGCCAAAUGGAGUGGCAGGUUUAGUCCUUUGCAAACUGCUGACUGGAGGGAAUCUGGCUUGGAUUCCCGGAAUUACCUCAGUUUUUACUUUGGUGGCGAUCUCCUUUGAAAGAUAUUACACCGUGGUUUAUCCGCUUGAUCCAAAUAGAAAACUGACCCAGCAUAAACUGAAGAUAAUUGUUCUUUGCUCGUGGGCAUUUUCAGCAGUUUUUAACUUGCCCAAGUUUCUUACGCGAACUUUUGAUGAACAGAAAAACCAUUGUAUUCAAAGCUGGCCUAAAACGUGGAUGAUUACAACAUACUGUUUGGCAUGGCUGUUGUUAGUUAUUGCUUCGGCUGUUACCAUGAUUGUACUUUACUCCAAAGUCGUCUACACUUUGUGGUUUAAGUCUAAUGAAAACAAUCCUUUAAACCAUAAACAACAAAGUGUGCUGAGGGUUCGAAAACGCGUCACUCUGAUGGUCAUAACGGUCAGUUUCAUCUUUGCAGUUUGUUGGGGAACCGAAUCAAUCGAAUACAUUUUAAGAUUUCUCACAUCUCUCGAAAUCAGCUUUGUUCAAAUAACUAUUGUUGACAUGAUGGUUUUGUUCAAUUCAGCUGUAAACCCCUUUGUGUAUGCCCUCCUGAAUCAUCAGUUCAGGCAGAAGAUCAAGGGAGUGAUGUGUUGCACACGCCUCGUGGCGCCCAGGCCGCGGGCUGAAACAGCUCUGGAGACUAAGCUUUAA